CCACGCAUGCGCAAUAAAUGCACGCUGCUGACCUGCUCUUCGCUGCUGUUUUGGCUUUCAGUUUAUUGUCGAAAUGCGGCCAAGUAUAGGUCCAAAGCAAACAGAGAGUGCGUCUCCUUCUGGUGAUAACCACGACACAUGCAAAGAAGGUGGGAAAGGGAGAAACAACUGGGCAGAUGUUGCCAUGCUAGCAAUAAACAAUCACCUCCAGUGGUUCAGGAUGUUGCCGUGGGUGAUGGGCGGUGUGGGCAUGCUCCUGAUUGCCAAGUACAGUGGAAUGUUCACUCGCUAUCGUAGCGCAUCGGAUGUUCCUGCCCGCUCUCAUCUCUAGAGGGGUGACUCUGAGGGGCGUGGCAGUGGGGGUGUGGCCAGACGGUACGUCUAGACGUCUGGCACACCCCACCUGCCAGACGAUGGCUGCGGUGGAACCACACCCCUCCUGACGCCCUGUUCCAACAGUAUGAACUCUGGCCUGUACGACUAGCACCGCAUCAUGCGACCUCACAACCCGCACAGCUGACUCUGUGGUACCUGAUCUCUCUCAUCUCUCUUCUGAUCGACUCAUUGCCCUUCAUCUCCGUCCUCUAUUCAUCUCUCCACCUACUGCACAACUCUCUUCACUGGAUCUAUACCUACAGAAUG